AAAGAAAGAGAUGGGUAUAUCAGCCUCAAAACGAGUCAAGAACUCGCUCUCCAACUCGCCCCAGUUCGACUCGGCCAGCGACUCAGCUUUCUCUCACUGCCUCUCCCUAACCCAGCACGCUUUCCCAGGCGUAUUCCCGUACCAACUCGCCGCCGCUUCCGAGCAUCUCCACCACACUCUCACCACCGACCGAUCUCACCCACUCGUCAUCAAGUGGGUCCCGUCUGCUCCAACUCGUUCUCAGGUCGACUCGGCCCUGCGCGCUGUGACUCGCAGCUCCAACGACGAUGUAUCGGCGGCGGGCGAGGAGCUAAUUCUUGGGCCUGCCCAAUUCAAAGCUUGGGCUGUGGAGCUCUUCGCUGAAGCGAUCGUGUCCAAUGCUGGGAAAGCGGUUCUCUGCCGAGUGCCGAUCGGAGUCGCAGGAAUCGCCUGGAUCGGAGUGGUCUCUCGGGCCGGGAAGGGUUUGGUUGGGACGGCAAUUGGGGUCUACUCGCUUGGAGUUGCGACUGCAAUUUACCUGAGUUUGUCUGGGUAGUACGGUCUUUUUCCACUUGGCAGUGCUCGGAUGCAACAACCAUUUGUCCAUGUAUGAUAAAAAAAAAAUAUAUAUAUAUAUAUAUAUAUUAUGUAUUUAUUUUUAUGUUUAGCAAAUUUGUAGAUUUUUCCUAAGAAAUAUAUUUUACAUAUCAAAUGCAUUGUUAGAUAUUUCAUUUGUUCA